GCGUCCCAUACUUUGAAAGCGAGGAAAUAAUAGAUACAGAGUCAGUGAAAGGGGGUGGUUCAUUUGACCAGAUCCAAACCACGGCUUGAAUAAUACAGAAACGUUGCUUUCAGCACCGUGGACAGCAACCCAGCCUACCCACUGUGAUUGUUGAUGCAGGUGAGUCUAUUGCAUUGUGCUAUAUACAACCUGAUUUACUUAUGGAAACACAAGACAGCAUAUUUUAAUUUAAUUUAGUUAAAAUGUUAAGCUUAACAGCAAUGAUGAAAAGUAAUUGUCGCAAUGGUGAUCAAGAAGGAGAAAAAAAUGAUGCUGUUAUUCUGUCUCUGCAUGUGCAGAGCGUUAUGGCACAGACAAACUGCUUUCAUCGACUUUUUUUGAUGGCACUAUGCAGUAUGCUGUGUACCAGGACCAUGAGUCUACCUGCUGUCGCCGCGUACUCAGUCAGGUAACGAUAUUUUAUGAUUUUGUUCUGACUUCUGUUCUGAUAUAUUCCUAAUGCUAAAUUAAUGAAAAGCUGACUUGAAAAGCGUCUUGUUACAGUCGCUGAAAAAUACAGACAGAUUUUCAUUAUCUUGUUUAUGAUAACCAUAUAGCCCAUAUGACUGUCACUACUAAAACAACGUGUAAAUUAUUCUGGUCUAGCUAAAUGAUUCUGAUUGGAAAGUGUUGGUGUGUAUUAAACAUACUGUAUGUUUAGAUUCAUCUCUGCCAUCCUGAAUUUCUUAAAAGGAACUUUUAAGAAGAAACUCAAAAGAAAAACAUUAUCACAUAAAACAUUUGGUGAAUUCGACAAUGUAGCGAUUGAGAAAUGAAAUAAUAAAUAAUGUAAUUGGUCAAUUAUGUAUAUUGAAUUUGAUGUGACGAUGGACUCACUUAUUGCUUCCAUUCUAUAGGUCAGGGACUGUUGAGACAGAUGGAAAGGGUGACUGGGAGCAGAGCCUGUCAAUAAAUGACAUGGAAACCCUUAAACUUCUCUAUGAUAUAAUUGCAAGGUAAUGGUCACAUUCACUUAAUUACAAAAUGGUUUGUGAUGAAAUCAGUCCCUCACUUAUGUUUCUCAGCACAGAAUCUAAUGAAAUUGGUUCCUCCUAUGGAUAUUAAUGCACGUCUGUUAUAUAGGUAUCUGUUCCGCUGUCUUUUCUGAUGGGCCAAAUCUGUAUUACAAUUAAAAAUAAAAUGUGUAGUGUUGUUAGCCAAUGAUAAUUGAUAAUUGGCUAUCAUCUACAGCAGAUAUCAUUGCAGUAUUAUACAUUAUGAUAGAAUAUGUACAGGAGAUGUGUAGGAUAAUUGUAAUAUAUACUGAACACAAAAUAAAUACAACAUGCAAUGAUUUCAAAGAUGUUCCUGAGUUACAGUUCAUAUUAGGAAAUCAGUCAAUUGAAAUAAAUUCAUUAGGCCCUAAUCUAUGGAUUUCACAUGACUGGGAAUAAAGAUAUGCAUCUGUUGGUCACAGAUACUGUAAAAACAAGUAGGGGAGUGGAUCAGAAAACCAGUCAGUAUCUGCUGUGACCACCAUUUGCAUUCGAUAGAGUUGAUCAGGCUAUCGAUUGUGGCCUGUGAAAUGUUGUCCCACUCCUCUUCAAAUGGCUGUGCGAAGUUGCUGGAUAUUGGUGGGAACUAGAACACGCUAUCGUACACGUCGAUCCAGAGUAUCCCAAACAUGCUCAAUGGGUGACAUGUCUGGUGAGUAUGCAGGCCAUGGAAGAACUGGGACAUUUUCAGCUUCGAGGAAUUGUGUAGAGAUCCUUGCGACAUGCUGAAACAGGGGAUGAUUGCGGCGGAUGUAUAGCAUGACAAUGGGCCUCAAGAUCUCGUCAUGGUAUCUCUGUGCAUUCAAAUUGCUAUCGAUAAAAUGCAAUUAUGUUUGUUGUCCGUAGCUUAUGCCUGCCCAUACUACAACCCCAUCGCCACCAUGGGGCACUCUGUUCACAACGUUGACAUCAGCAAACCGCUCGCCCACACAACGCCAUAAACAUGGUCUGCGGUUGCGAGGCCAGUUGGACGUACUGCCAAAUUCUCUAAAACGACGUUGGAGGUGGCUUAUGGUAGAGAAAUGAACAUUACAUUAUCUGGCAAUAGCUCUGGUGUACAUUCCUGCAGUCAGCAUGCCAAUUGCACGCUCCCUCCAAACUUGAGACAUCUGCGGCAAUGCGUUGUGUGACAAAACUGCACACUUUAAAGUGGCCUUUUAUUGUCCCCAGCACAAGGUGCACCUGUGUAAUGAUCAUGCUGUUUAAUCAGCUUCUUGAUAUGCCACACCUGUCAGGUGGAUGGAUUAUCUUGGCAAAGGAGGAAUGCUCACUAACAGGGAUGUAAACAAAUUUGUGUUCAAAAUUUGAGUGAAAUAAGUUUUUUGUGCAUAUGGAACAUUUCUGGGAUCUUUUAUUUCAGCUCAUGAAACAUGGGACCAACACUUUACAUGUUGCGUUUAUAUUUUUGUUCAGUAUAGUUAAUACUUUUUACAGAUGAGGUACAGGAGUGGUUCCCAACCUUUUUUCGGUUACUCUACUACCAACUGAAUUUAUUUCAUGUGCAUUUUACCAGUAGGCCUAUGGUCGCAUGAGUCUUCUCAAGUACCCACUGUGGAUAGGCUAAGUACCCCUGGUCGGGAACCACUGGUCUACAGAUAGCUUUGGAGUUUAAUAAGGCAACAUUGACCUCACAUCAGGAUUCACCAACCUACUCAGGUUCCCACAGUUUAACUUUUGCAUACUAAAUAGUGGAUACCACCUGAUGAGGCUAAAGUUCUUAGCAUUAGAUGUCAAACGUUCUGAAGUGCCUGUCACCAGCAAUUAACACUUUGUGACUGUGACAUACUGUCUGCAACAAUCAAAAGUUAAUUAAUGUGACUAUUGCACUUAACAGAUUUUGUCCUGAAUCUAGUGAAAGCAUUUUAUGAAUCUUUUUUUUAGACCAACAAGACACGCAGAUGGUCUCUUCACAAGUGGCUACAGCAAACUUUUAGGAAAGCUUUCGGCCAAGGACUACCUUGAAUCCUUGAUUGCAAAGCGAGUCAGGUACAACUUUCAUAUAGUAACCAUAAAAUGUGGUCUGAGGGACUCUAAUUUAUCUUGGUCUAUACCUCUAUUUCUAACAUUCACGAUGUAGUCAAUCAGUAUGUUAAAUAUCAAAUAGCUCUAAGGUAGGUUGACCGAAAUAAACACCCAUGGUUUGAAUUAAAGUUUUAAAGCUGAGAAGUUCACAGACGUUUAUCACAACAAUGUCGCAUUUGCGUUCCUGCCAGUUCAUCCUGACGAUCAAUUCAUUUUACCGAUGUAAUGCCACUGCGAUUUGGCUUGACUGACUCGUCAAUUGUGUUCAUGAGGUCUUAGUAGUACGUGAGGGACUAUGUUUAGACAAGUUAUAUCUCACUUAUAUUGCCACAUUUCUCUAAUUACUGCAACAUGAUUAGGAUUAAAGAACAUUACAAUGGGUAGUAACUUAAUGUUGAAUUAAUGUAAAAUAUUCCCUGUUUGUGUUUUUAGCAACAAUAAUGUCUGCCAUGGUUUUCCCAAAAAUUAUCCCUUCUAGUGCUGCCUCAAAUCUCCCAGUAGUCAAUCAGAAGGGCCUUUGGGGAUAAUUAUUCCUGUGUAGUGACCAUCGGUUGGUCAUUGUGGUAAUGCCCAGGUUGCAGUUCCCCUCAAACUGAACAUUUUGAGUCCCUAUGGAUUGGAAUCUCCCUGAAUAUGGCAGAGAUCCCUGAAACAAUGCCCUGUGCAGGUCCGUACUGCCCGAUCAGAAGUGGCACUAACCUUCCACAUGGUUGCAUUAUUUUCAGAGAACGCAUAGAGCCCCGAGUUGAUUAUCCUGACCAUACUGCGAUUAUAAUUUAACACACACACACAAUUGCCGGUAGAAAUGUGUUCAACAUCCACUGAAGAUGCUAGCAAGUUUACUACUGUAUAUAGCUACAGUAAAGUGCCGUCGUAACAGAACAAAGAGACUUGGUGACUAACCAAACCAUUUGUCCUCCUUAAUAUUGGCUAGCUAACUAUUUAUACAAAUGGAAUUCAACAAUGCCAAUAGUGUUUUUAAUUCGGCUUGAACGAUCAGCUGAAACAUAACAUGUAAGAAUGUUGGUUUCGCCACUUGCAACAUUCUAUCAGCUAUAGCUACAGCACAGACCAUAAUCUGUGGGCAAAUGCCUGUUAACAGUUCUAUCUGAAUUAUUAGUGCACACUCCAAGAAAUAAUGCAUACCCUAGAAUGCCCUUCAAGCCAAUCAUAAACAAGUAGAAUUAGUAACUAAUGUUUUUGUCUAGCAACCAGGUAAAAAGAACGACUGAUGUGUUUUUGCUGAAACUACUUCAUAGCCGUUGGUUAUUGUCGUGCAUUACUGAGAAAUAAUGCACACUCUAUAAUGCUCUUCAAGCCAAUCAGAAACGAGUAUUCAACAAUGCCAAGUAUGUUUCAACAAUUCAUAAGGUCUUGUAUAUCAUUGUACAACGUGUAAACCAGUGAACAAGUAAAACUUGCUUUGAUCAGAUUUGAUUGUAAUAGAUAAUUUUUUGUUCACUAAUUAUAUUUUCAUUUGUAGUAAUGACCUCAUGGAGGACCAGUUGCCAGUAAAACGCCACUCAGACGCUGUAUUUACAGACAACUACAGCCGCUACGGAAAACAGAUGGCCAUCAAGAAAUACUUGAAUUCAGCGCUGUCAAGGAAGAGGAGGUAGGAACCUGGACAGGCCCUAAAAAAAUCUGUUUUUCUUAAUUACAUUUUUUUUUUUUACAUAAAAGACUGGACAAGAUCAUUUAAAAAGUGUAUAAAGCCUGAAUGUAUGUCCAAUGUCUAUUACAACUACUUUGUUCUCCUUUGUGGUUUUACUUCUUGCAUUCUAGCUUGGAGGACCCUACUACUCCAGAAUUAUCCAUUAGGAGUGAGCCUUCCUCACAGCAAACCAGUGAUGACAUCUCAAUUCAUGAACUCCUCAAUAGUCUUUCAUUGGUACAGUAGGCCCUGCUUGGAUAUUACCAUGCUAGUUUAAUGCGUUUUUAACUGAUGUACAGUACUACAUUUCUAUGCUAAUUUCUAACAAAACAAUUGUGAGUUUUUGGUAUUUUAAGAUACUGGAUAUUAGCUUCAGUUGAUAUACUUUAAAUAUUAAUUAAUUAUUAAUAAUAUGAUACUCAUUUGAUAUGCUCCCCACUUUCUCUAUGUGAUUUUUCUAACACAGGGAGACAGAGGCUGACAUCAUGCACACAUCAUGCUAUUAUGUUUUUAUAUUACGAUGCAACAUUUCUGUUCUUUUUUUUCAGACCCUCUAAGGAAUAUCUUCUAAAGUGAACAAAUGGCAAAGCCAGCCAAAAUUAUAUUUGACCAUUAUGUUAUGUCAUGUUAUGUAAUUUCCGCUGUAAAAAUUGUUUUUGCCUCAUGUGGUACAUUUCCUGAAAUUGCUGUGUAGCUGAGUGAUAAUCACAAAACACGGAUAAAUCAAUGGGAGUAUUGCAAACUCAAAGCAUUCUAAAUUAUAUAACAGUAAAGCAUAAUUUUUUGCCAGUACACUGGAGAUUUGCAAUGUUGUUUAAACGCAUUCACCAGUAUUAUAUUAUAUUAUAUACAUGCCAAAUAAUGUGUUAUGUAUUACUUUUUAUUUAUUUAUCCAGUAUUAUGUAUUUAUUUGUCAGUCUUAAAAUGUGUGAAACUAUAGAAAUUCCUAAUACAUUGAGAUAAUAAUGGAGAUGGUUGUGAUAAGACAUUUCAGCAACCCAAUCAACUUGAGCACAGAAAGACGUUAGGAGAGUAGUUUGAAAACGUUUGAGUGAGGAUGACACAGACUAAAACUCUUAGUAGCACUGCUGAUUAUUUAUUCUAUGGUAACAUCAGAAUAGUCUAUUGUUAUUUAAAGAAAAAAUAUAAUAAUAUGGAUUGUUUUUGUGUGUGUCAAUAAAAUUUAAGUGUAAGACUGUCAAUAUUCACCCUUUUCUGUUUCCUUUGGAUUUUUCCCCAAACUGCAACCCCAUGUGAUUGCCCGGUAAUAACAUUGUUAAAUGUUAUUAUACCCUGGCUGCAUCGAACUCGUCUUGAAAGCGUGAGGAUUUCUGUCACCGCUCGCCACUGGUAACAGGUCUCAGAGCAGGAGUGUUGAUCUAGCAUCAGCUCCCCCUAGGGCCCUGGUUUUGUCAUUUGCUCUCAUAUGAAUUCUGGAAACCAAACAGAACACAAGUGUCAACAUGAUUAUAUUCAGAAUCUGGUCCAGGGCAAGGCUGGCGGGAUAAGUCACCAAAAUGGCCAUCAGUAUGUCACAGCAUCCCGCUGGAUGAUUCACAUUCCUGGAAUAAAUAUCACUUUGACAUUUUGUGAUGGUGGGUUCAGGAAGUGGUGGUUGGCACAACAUGGAGGAGUAAAAUGACCCAGGGUUAGACAACAAGCCGGCUUGGCCUAUAGGUAGUCCAUAUGAUAGGCACACUGCAUCAAUUUAAAUGCAUUGAUAAAGAUUAUUUGGACAUCCAGAUUUAAAUAUCUGUUUGCCACAAGUUUCUGUUUACACUCUUAGAAAGAAAGGGUUAGAUUUGUUAUUAAAGGGUUAAUAAUAAUAAUAAUAGUAUGCCAUUUAGCAGAUGCUUUUAUCCAAAGCGACUUACAGUCAUGUGUGCAUACAUUUUUGCGUAUGGGUGGUCCCAGGGAUCGAACCCACUACCCUGGCGUUACAAGCGCCAUGCUCUACCAAUUGAGCUACAGAGGACCACAAACUCUUGUCACUGUGGUGGUCAGUGGCAAACCGUGACUAUUGGACCUAGGCCUUCAGUGGGAAAAAUAACCUUCCAACACGUUGUACCAAACUCAAAAACCAUGACAAUUAACAGAAACAUAGCAUCACUUCCUUAAUGCGCCCAACUGAAUCAAACAAGCCUGAGGCUGAGCCACCCCACUGGGCAAAAACGAGUUCAAUCUGCGUUGUUUCCACAGCAUUUCAUGUGAUGACGUUGAAUCAACAAGGAAAACGAAUUGGAUAUGAAAGUAAAGGGCUUUAUGUUUCUCAAACCGUAUCGCAGUUGUAUGGGCUGUUUUGGCUGCCAGACCCAGUUUACCUCUGAAAAGAACAUAUAAGGUCAUUGGACCUUAAAGGAAAACUCCACCCGAAAAAUAUAUAUAGCUUUCAAAAUACAGAAAUACAGCCGGUAUGAUGCAUUUUGCAUAUGAUGCAAAACGCAGCAUCAUAUGAUGCAAAAUGCAUCAUAUGAUGCAAAAUGCAUCAUACCGAAUGUAUUUCUGUAUUUUGAAAGCUAUAUACCUGUAUCUUGAAAACUUGAUUGCUGACAUGCAAAACAUUUUGGGACUAUUACAAUUUAUAUAUUUUGGGACUAAUAAAAUAUAUAUAUAUUUUUUAAUUUUCCUUGAGUAAGCUCCUUAAGUUUACAUAUUGGGCUACGUUAGUAGUUGUAUUAGUGCAUUACUUCAUACAUAUACCUGUUGUUGGCUUCAAAUAAAGUGUCAUCAAUCGUAUUUUAGUUUAAGCCCUGAAGUGUAAUUAUUAUCACUUCAUACAGUACUUAUAGGCCUAGAUCUAUUCAUAAUAUUUUAGCGAUAACAAUUCCCACCAAGUGGGUUAACCGUAUUGGCGUGAUGAUUGCCUUUCACGGGUUUGCUUCCCUGCCCUGCCGUUCGCUACAUUGGUGUCAGAAGUGGGAUGGGGACUGUGAGGCCAUCGGAGAGGCAUGUACACAUGGGGGACUUGGUGUAGAGGGGCGUGGGGACACGCUCUCCCGUAGGAGGGGUUAAUGUAGCGACCUUAACACAACACCUAGCGACCUUGUCAAGAGGUUCGGACCUCUUUGUGUAACGGUUGGGGUGUUGAUCAUCGGAGAGGCAUAUACACGUGAACGACGUGGAAGGGAAGCAGAUUCGGGUUGCUGGCAUGAAAGGCAAACACCCUAUGCAUCGUACCAAUAGGGUUAACCCACUUGGUGGGAAUUGUAACAUGGUUUAUAUACCAUUAAGGAAAAACCAAAAACACAUGUUUUCAUGUGAUCACGUGAUCAUAUGUGACGUUAAUGUGAUAACAUGUGACAACAUGUAAAGCAACAUGCGAUAACAUGAAACUACACAUGAAAACGUGAUCACGUGAAGUGUUCCAAAAACACGGUUUCACAUGAUUUCACAUUAAAUUGUGUGAUUUUCCACGUGUGAAAUCAGGUGGUUUUUCUGUAAGGGUAGUGAGGAUCGCUACAAUGCCCCUCCGAAAGGGAAGGCACAUACCAGUGCUAUGACUACACAGCCCCCUCACACGUUCAGACCCCACUUUUGACACUAAUGUAGCAAACCAUGGGGUAGGGAAGUGAAUCCGGCAGCAGGUGUGAAAGGCAAACAACCUACGCAUAGCUCCAAUAGGGUUAACCCACUUUGUAGGAAUUGUAACCUGCCUCAUAUAGUGAGGAUCGCUACAAUAUUAAGCAGAGGAACUGCAUAUGGAAAGAAAGGUGUUCUUUGACUUCACGUUGUGGCUAAAGGCGUCAUCAUGCCUCAGUUCGGCUGGCGGCUAGCUGACGUCAGCUAGGCGAACCGAACGAGUGUGCUCUCAUAGUCUCUUAAAAUAACUUUGCUUGAAAAACAAGAACAAAGCGGCAAUAGUACUGUUUGUCCAUUUUGAGACGCCAUAGCCAGUAUACACUUCCUCAAAAUUGUCACAAUUAGAUAACUCAAAACAUCUGUCAUUAAUUUUGACGUUUUUGCCAAGGAGAUUUUAUUCGCACAAUUGUACAUCUAACCAAGAUGUUUGGUGCAGUAUUCUCAAUGAAAAAAAAUGUGUGCAUUAGAAAGGAGUCGUCUCUUGUUGAAUGACAACAAAGACUUUAUGGAAGAAUCCCUACUGUUGACCAAUCACCGAUGAAGGGCUGUUGACUUCGGCUCCCGAACUUCGGCUGGCCUUGAGAAAAAAUGUAGUGUGCCCGACCAGUCGACAAAACCCUUACCGAAGCCCAAAACGAACAAAAACAUCAGAAAAUAUAAUCAUAAUAUAUACACAUACUCUUCUGAAAUGUUUAGGCUGGGAAGCAUGCGGACGCCUUUAGAAUAACCCAUAGCUGUGUGUUAUUCACAAACUGGCUAUAUAAUUGGCUCUUGUGCCUUAUUCUGUCAAUCCAAUUCAGAAUGAAAUCAUCAUAUUUAUUGUGUUCUCUAUUUUUGUCCUAGAAAUGGCAAGACAAUUGAGCCAACUCCAAAGAAGCAAGCUGGUUGAUUUUUAUUUUAUUAAUUUUUUACCAGGGAAUAGCAGCUGAGGCCACAGCCCUGACAGUGGAUGUGGUGGUGGUAUCAAGAGAAAAGAGAAUUUAGCCUACUCUAUUUUCUUCUAUUAUUUGUCCUGCAUCUACCUAUUAUGUCAUAUCCUGAAUGGGAUGUUUGUCUCUGGACAGCCAAUAACAGAUAAGGGACAACAAAUAAAGAACCUUGAUGAUAGGAUUGUCAACUCUCCCAGUUUGGCCUGGAGUCUCCUAGAACUGGACUUCAUAUCCCAAUCGCUGCUGUUAGAAAAAUGUCUUCUAGCUUGACCCUGUAGGAUUACCCUUUAUGUUUCUAGGUAGAACCCUUUUCGAAGUUUCACAGUCAGCCUGGGAGUUAGGUGUUCCAUUCAAAUCUACUCAUGUGUGUCGGCUCCACAGGGUGACCGUGGUCAGGCCCAGUGGACCUCAAGGGCCCCGCAGACGUACCGUGGGCCAGCCAAGCCCCGGCGGACCUCCCGGGCCCCCCAGACCCCUAGUGCCAUCAACAGCUGA